AUGUGUGCAAGUUCAUCAAGUAGUAUUUUGAAUAACUUUUCAUUACAAUAUCUUAACUUAACUAUCUUUACAGCCUGUCCAUUCUACUCUACUUCAUUUGAAAAUCCAUGUGAUUCCGGAUUACUUGAGAUCAUCGGACAGCCAUGUUACACAUCGAAAUUACGAUACCGUUCCGAUUAUGUCAGUAAAACAAAGCGUCGUGGAGUUCUUCAUAGUACAAAUAAUCCAAAUUAUCAAUAUCCAACUAUUCGAAUUCCAAGGCAAUAUAUGAUUCCUACCGACGAACAUUAUAUUUGUAUUUCUCUUGUGACCGUUGAAAACGAGACAACGAAAUAUCGUUAUGUACAUCCAUAUGAACUAGAAGAUGUUGAUAAUCAAGGUUAUCAUGAUAGAAACCAUAAUAGUAUUUGGUAUUCCAUUCAAAUGGGAGAUAUUGAUGGAAUUAAAAGUUUUCCUAAUUUACGUAUUGUAAAGAAAAAAGCAGCUGAUCUGAAGAAUUAUGGUAACUUGCAGGUAUUCAAUUGUCUUAAUAACGAAUCCAGUUCACAAUUAUUAUCUAUAAAAGAUACAAUUAAAGAAUUUAAUCUUGAAAAAGCUCAAUUGGCAAUUAGUAUAGGAAAGAAAGCAACAAACACUAACGAUAACGAUACUAUAUGGAUUAUAUAUAAUCGUACGACAGUACUCUCAGACGAACUUAUUCAACAAUUUGGUAAAGAAUCAUACGCAAAUUGUACACCUUCUGGCACGAGUUCUGUAAGAUUCAAUUCAUCAGAAGAGUCCGAUUGUCGUGUGUACAAAUAUGCACCGAAAUUUAGUUACGCGGAUAGUAGUGAUGAAAUACUUAUCUUCUAUACAAAUAGACUUCAGCUUAAAAAAUAUGGAGAGUUACAAGUUACAUUCGAAUUUGAGGGACCCAAUGAUAAAUGGACAGAACCUGCUCUUGAACUAGAAGUCAUAGAUCGAAUGGUAUCAUUUCGAGCGCCGAUUUUCCCAUUUCUCAUUAACUGUGCUACAACGGUCAAUAUUAUAUUGACACAAAAAACUAGACUUUUAGAAACAUUAAAAUUCGACUAUAUUCCAAGAGCUCCGCCUCAAGUACAUUCAUUGCAAAAUUCAAAUCCAGUUGUUCCAGAAAAUUCAAACAAGCGUACUAUUUCUUCUCUGUAUGGCGACAAUGAAGAAACGAAUACGGCAUGGGGGUGGGGGGAGGGGAUGGAGUGGUGGUACAAUUAUCAGUGA